AUGAAUUCUUUUAACGCACCAACGACUCAGAUCAAUGCGAUCGACAAAAUGACAACAGUCAAGUGUAAAUCUGUCGAUCUAGAAGGCUACGUGAUAAUUGUAGUUCAAACUAAGGAUAAUAAAAUCAAAUUAUAUGGAUCUCCAUCAGCCGGGAAUUGGGAGAACCUAGAACUAGCCGACGAGAUCAUGGAUGUUAAUGAAACCAGGCUCGAAGAUAUGACUCGUACUGAAGUCCUUAGUCAUAUACAUGAGUGCAUAUCGUCAUGUGUAAUAAAACUGCGCGUGAAGCGUCGGAGUGAAACGAAACUACUGUCGGACAUCGGUCACAAUAUAAUUCAAGAUGCUUUCCUCAUCGCGGUGGAGGAGCAAGCGAGGCAGCGUUUGCAGCGACUGUCAGCGCUCAAGCGGAUCACACCAGUGGAUAUGUCCAAACUUUCUUUAGAAUUAAAUAGAAGGAAACAUUCUCAGCCAGAGAUUAGACAAGAACUAAACGGGUACAUCGCCAAUUCUUCAGUCUACGUCACGUCGAUAAACGAAAACGGGGCUAUCGAAACUAAACCGACAAUAUCAUCUCCGAAGUCACAGCCUAAAUCGUUACAAGUCAAACCAGCGCCUUUAAUAGCUAAUGGAAUAGAGAAAAAAGAAGAAGUAGUAGAUAAAAUUGAACCAGAAAAGCACGAGAAGGAUUCUAGUGAGAAAAGUGUUAAAGUUGUAGUGGAAAGUGAAGUGAAAAGUGAUAUAAGUGACGCGUACAAUGUUGCAAGGGAGCACUUGAAUAACGGUAGAUGUGAGAAACUGUUGGGUGAGCCAGAUCACAGGCUCCGGGCGACGGCUGUCGUGGAAAACAAUAAAUUAGGACCGGGAGAAAAAGGGCCCCGAAGGCGGUCAGGUUCGAGUAUCAUCGUACUGGGAGCCGAGGAGGAGAAACGACCGCCGCCGGAUGAAGAAGCCGACAUGCUCACCAUGCUCUCACUCACAUCGGAUACCGGCCCCCACCGCGAGAUGGCGGUGGACGUCCCGGACAGUUUCAUCGCUAGAAACAAAACACCCCCUCGGUACCCCCCUCCUCGGCCGCCACAGCAGGUGAAUGGCACAGCGAAAGGCGCGCCCGCAGUGCCCCCUCGCGAAGCCCCCCGCGACGCUCCACCGAGACCCCCCGCACACGAUAUAACUAAGGACCAAAUAGAUUCCAUCAAAAAAUAUCAGGAACAACUUCGUCAAAGAAAAGAAGCGGAAGAACGGAUCGCCGCCCAAAAUGAAUUUCUGAGAACGUCGUUACGUGGCUCCCACAAGUUACAAGCGCUAGAGUCUAAUCCACCAUCCAGCACUGCUUUCAUAAACGAUGCAUAUGAAGAAGAUGCCAGCGAUGAGACUACUCAGCUAUAUGCAAUUGUUGAUUACCAAGAAGUUUGUGCAGCGCUAUCCAGGGUACAGAAAGCUCUCAGCUCGAGUGGGGAGAGCGCUUUAGCGGCAAGGGUGGCCGGCGCGGCCGGGGCUCUCCUGUGCCCUGCCCUCCGAACCGCCCUAGCCACUCGUUCAGCAGUCCUGACUGCAGUGAGACAUAAGCGACCUGGACUAUCCCCCCCACAGACGCAUAGAGCCACCGAUCGAUUAAAGGAUUGCAUUGACGUGCUAGGAUCGCAAACGGCGUCAGGGGGUGAGACGUCCGCGAUCGCGGUGGAAUUACUAACAAUACUAGGCGGGUUAGAAGUUGAGAGCUUAAUACAGGCGCACGACCAAGCCGCCGCACUGUUGGACCCAUCCUGCUUUAAUAGAGGGAAGAGAAAUAAGACUGGCUUGAAUAACUACAAGGGCGAUGAUAAGUACAUGUCACACUCACCGGAUGACUCUAGCGAGAAUAUCAAAAUUAUCAAAAUAGAAAAAACUAAUGAACCACUUGGUGCUACAGUAAGAAACGAGGGUGAAGCAGUAAUUAUUGGAAGGAUAGUUAGAGGCGGUGCGGCGGAGAAGUCAGGACUCUUGCAUGAAGGAGAUGAGCUGCUGGAGGUGAACGGCGUGCCGAUGCGCGGCAAGUCGGUGCACGAGGUGUGCCAGGUGCUGGGCGCGCUGGCGGGCACGCUGAGCGUGGUGCUGGCGCCGCGCGCGCCGCCGCCGCCGCGCGCGCCCGCGCCGCGCGUGCUGCACGUGCGCGCGCACUUCGACUACGACCCCGAGGACGACGUCUACAUACCGUGUCGGGAGCUCGGUAUCAGUUUCCAAAAGGGCGAUGUACUGCACGUAAUAAGCCGUGAGGAUCCCAACUGGUGGCAGGCUUUCCGCGAGGGAGAGGAGGACCAGACCCUCGCUGGCCUCAUACCGAGCCAGGCUUUCCAACAUCAACGCGAGUCGAUGAAGCUGUCGCUGGCGGGCGAGGGCGGCGCGGCGGCGGGGCGGCGCGCGCGCAAGGGCGCCACGCUGCUGUGCGCGCGCGCGCGGCGUCGCAAGCCGCGCAAGCCCACCAGCGAGGCCGGCUACCCGCUCUACGCCGCGCCCGGCACCGACGAGUACGAGCAGGAGGAGAUCCUGACGUACGAGGAGGUGGCGCUGUACUACCCGCGCGCGUCGCACAAGCGCCCCAUCGUGCUCAUCGGGCCGCCCAACAUCGGCCGCCACGAGCUGCGCCAGCGCCUCAUGGAGGACGCCGCGAGGUUCGCCGCCGCCGUGCCGCACACGUCCCGCGCGCGCAAGGACCACGAGGCGGCGGGGCAGGACUACCACUUCAUCUCGCGCGCGCAGUUCGAAGCGGACAUACUCAACAGGAAGUUCGUGGAGCACGGCGAGUACGAGAAGGCAUAUUAUGGCACAUCCCUGGAAGCUAUACGUGAGGUAGUGAACUCCGGCAAGAUCUGCGUCCUCAACCUCCACCCCCAGUCGCUGAAGAUACUCCGCAACUCCGACCUGAAGCCCUACACGGUGUUCGUGGCACCGCCCAGUUUGGAGAAGCUGAGGCAGAAGAAGAUCAGGAAUGGAGAAGCUUUUAAGGAGGAAGAAUUAAAGGAGAUAAUAGCGACUGCGAGGGACAUGGAGCUCCGAUGGGGGCAUCUCUUCGACAUGAUCAUUAUAAACAACGACACCCAACGCGCGUACCAACAACUUCUAAACGAAAUAAACAGUCUCGAACGAGAACCUCAGUGGGUUCCCGCACACUGGCUCAAACAAACC